CUGCUGCUAGCGUAUGACGGCGUCCUUCCUGGUUGUUAGUUUGCGAGGCUGCCUACCCGGUCGGCAGGCGGUGAACGCUUGAGAUCGUGCGCGCAAAGCGGAGGCGGGCCGGGGAGUGCUGUGGCGCGAGCGCGUCUCCCCAGCUUUUCUUCGUCUGAGGCGACAAAGCGCUGUGUUUGGACUUCAUGGAAUCCAGCCCAGGUUGUAACAGGACAUUGAAGAAACAGGGCUAAAGAAAAAUUCUGAAACCAGAAGAGAUGUUGCUAUGAGGAAAGAGGUCAGAGAUGACUGAUGUUGAGCCUGUAGUCACAGAUUUUGCUGCGUCAGGACGGGCAGGGCGCCGAAAUGCCUUACCAGACAUUCUGGGUUCUUCUGCUGGGGCUGGAACGUCAGAACUGCCACACAAAUUAGCAGAACUCUCCAUGUCGGAAGGAGCUGAAGGUGGAGAAGCUUCAUCUUCUGAUACCACUAUGGAAAAUCAAGAGAUAGAAGAAAAAACAGUGGAUUCCUAAUGUUUAUGAAAUGCUUGGUUUGGGGUGAUUACCCACAAACCUCACUGGCAGUGUGUCCAAGACUCUGAAAUAUAUAAUAUUUGUGGCUGGAUAACAUGAAUAUGGCGCUGUUGAAAAAUUACAGUUAAGUUCUCAAAUUCAUCAAGUAGCAAUUUAUUUAUUUACAAAUCACAGCCAGUAUCUGCAGAAAAAAUUGAGAAUUGUUUUCAGUCAUGUAACAAAUGAAGUCCAGUAUAACCAGCUGAUUAUUGCAAAUAACCAAAUACAACAACUAAUGCCGUUUGGUUAAUAACUUGGGGCCUUUUCUGAUAAUAAAUAUAAAAUGCAGGUAUUAGGUUUUGUGUGAGCUUAUGUUUGUAUGUGUACAUAUAUGCACACACACAUAUGCAUAAUAUACAUAAAUAGUACACAUAAGCACAUAUCACAACCACUAACUCCAGGCCAACAAUAUACCAACUUUACAUAUGUAAGAUUCACUUUACAGAAGUCAACUAAUUUAGACUGAGGGCAACUCUGAAUGAACUGUACAACAAAGGGUUAAAAAAUGUAGGACAUUCUAAAGAGUGGUGGGAUAGUUUGCGAGUGCUCUUUGUGGUUAAGGAAUUCAUGAGAAAUUCCCUAACUUCAACAAUAUAGUAAAAGGAGCAUCCAACCAUAAACUGUAACAGAUAAAUAACAAGGGAAGCUGUCUUAUACCAGAAGAAUUUCUUUGUUCAGAUAUAGCAGCCAUGGGAUCUCAGUCAGCGUCUUGAUAAAUACAUUCAGAACCACUCUCUCAAAAUGUCUUAGGUGUAAGGACAUCAGAAAGCCUUGUGAGUACAGUAGGCAUUCAUCUCUAUCAAAAAAUCAGAUUCCAUAUAGGAGUCACACUAGGAACAAGCUAGUUGAUACUGAAGAUGGAAUUGUAGGAAUAUGGGAUAUUCUUGAAAUAGGACAAGCCUUCCCUCGCUCCCCUCAAAAAGUCCACCUUCAGCUUCCCAUUGUAGCAACUGCUCUAGUUCUGUGCAGUCAUUUGGAAAACCCCUGCUCUGCUGACUUUAAAGUAACAUUUCUCUGCCACCCUUGAUACCAAAGUUUAAUUUUCCCAGAACCCAAGACCCAGAAUAUUUUUGAUAUAGCAGGAAGCUUGAUUUUUAAAGAAAAUGGAAAUGCAUCUGUUGAUUAACCCCACGAAACCUUUUUCAAAUUUGAAUUCCAUUGAGAAAUGUACUGAAGUACAGAGACAUACAGAAAUGCCUUUUUUGCUCUUUCAAAAUGUCAAGACAAACCAAGAUUAUCUAGGAUUUUGAAGUCCUUUUGAAUGCAUUUAGUAUUUGCUUUCUUAAAACUGGCUUCUCUGGUGAAUUCCAAAUUCUGUUUAUUUUUUCUAAAGUAAAUCCAUGACACUUGCAAUUGUUUUUAAAUUUUAUUUCAGCAUGAGGAAUGAAAUAGAUUAUCCUUACAUUAGAAUGUGUUCUAUCAGUCAUGCCUUCACAAGAUCUAGGAGCAUAAACUUUUUGCUUGGGUUAAGGUGUGCGUUCAUUGGCUUAUAACUGAUCCUGUUAAAGUAAUGAUUGUUCAGGCAUUUUCUUCCUGAUACAUUUUACCUAUUCCAAAGGAUUGAUCCAUGUUUUAUAAUAAAGAUUGUGUUGUUUAAAAUAGA